AUGUGCAUCGUGGUGAGCGAGGAUUGGUUGGCCGUCAUCGCUCCUCCUCCUUUUGGUCUCGCAGCGAGCCAGAGGUUACGAUGUGGGAAAGACAGCUGUAUUUUUCGAUCAAUAACCACUUAUUUCCGUUUAAAAAAUUUCACCAUUUUCCUUUCCAAUCAUUAAAAGCUUUUCAACAUAACGUCAUUUUUGACGUGUCCAUAAACAAAGUGUAAUUCACAGUUCAGCUCAAAUAGUCCUAUGAAUCAUAGUUUUAAAGCAGUAAAACAUAAAAACUGCCUCUAUUGAAAAUAAGUUUUUUGUUUAAGUUGAAACUUAUUUUGUCAUUUCAAUUCCUGAAUAAAAAAAAAUUUUCUGUGAAUAAUUAUCACUGUGAACCGUUUGUUUUCAACUUUUUAUUUAUCACAACCAUGAAUGAUUUUUUUUUUCCAAUUCUCAUUGGAUUUCUUCAUUUCAUCAAUUCUAUUUUAUCUGUUUGUUUCAACGAUAUUAACAUAAUCAAAAAUAAUCCCGUUAGACAUUUUCCUAACUGGAAAAAAACAAAAACUAAAAAAUUGGUAAACUAAUUUGUUGCGUUUUUGUAUAAUACAGCUUUUUUUCGCUGUUCUAUGAUAAUAUUGGUGUUUUAUAUCUGACACCAUGAGUUUAGGUGCAUCAAAUAAAACAAAGAUAUUCGUUUUUCAUAAAAAUGAAGCUUAUUUAUUUCUUUUUGGCCAGUUCUCCCUACAAAAUAUUUGCCGACAUUUAUCUUAUUUUUUGCUUUAAAGAUUUUCAAUUCAAAAGCUUUUAUUCAGGUUUUGUCGAAAUGGCUGAAAAUGAAGAAGAUCAGCUUGAUAACAUAACUUUAAAUGCGAAGACACCGACACAAACGUACACCGUCAAAGUGCGAGAAACUACAACAAUAUCAGAGGUGAGAAAAAAAAGCUAUCAAUUUGUUAUAUCAGCAAUUUCAGCUGAAAGACAAACUUAUCGAAAUAAUUCCGAAUGCCACCAAAGAACAACUUUGUGUGAUUUACACUGGAAAGAUCUUGAAGGAUCCUGAAACUGUCACUCAACAUAGUAAGUUCAUUUUUUUUUUGUUGAUAUUUCUAUUUGUCUAGAAAUCGGAAACGGGCAUACUGUACAUAUUGUGGUGCGUAGCGGCCAAAGGGCUCAACCACCUCCAGCGAAUCCUUCUGCAGCGGCGCCAGCCGAACCACAGAUUCCACGGGGCGGACUACCUCAGGUACUAUUUUUUUUUACUAAACGAAGACGUCAAAAAUCCUUCAGUGAUUUUCAAAAAACACAUUUGUUCGCACAAUGACUUUUUAAGAAAAAUAUUUUACCGUUAUCUUGUUUUUAUUUUGAUCCAUAUAUCUACCGUGAUAUCAAAAAUCUACGCAAAAAGGCACAACAUGAAAAAAUAUGAUAAAACUUUGGUUUUAGGUUUCAUAUCUCACUAACCCCAUUUUUUGGCAUUAGUAAAAAUUCAUUUAAGAAAAAAGGAAGGACGUAUCUAGAGAGGGUUUUUUUUUGUUGCUUUAAACGAGCUUUUAAAUUGAUGUCGAAAAUUUUGAUUAGAAAAUACGUUGAUAGAAGAAAAAAUGGAGUGUGAGUCAAUAUUGGGCAGGAACUUUUCUCUCUUUGGAUAAAUUUUGAAAUUUUUUUACAGGUUUUCUUUCUUCUUUUUUUCGACUUUCUAUCUUUUUUUUUCAGAUGGGCGAUCUCAUGAAUAACCGCGAUAUAAUGCGGCAAAUGUUAGACACUCCUUUGUUUCAAAGCAUGAUGAACAACCAAGACUUGAUGCGUAAUAUUUUGAGCUCAAGCCCCGAAGUUCAAAGGUUGAUUGAGGUGACUAGGUAGUUUUUUGGGUUUGAUUGAAAUCAAGGGUUUCAGAACAAUCCAGAAGUCGGCCAUCUGUUAAACGAUCCAAAUAUCAUGCGGCAGACGAUGGAGAUGAUCAGAAAUCCGAACAUGUUCCAAGAAAUGAUGCGAAACCACGACAUCGCCAUUCGAAACUUGCAGGUUCCAUUUUUUUUACAGUUUCCUUUUAGAUAUCAAAUUCAGUUUUAUUACAAAAGGUGAAGAAUGUUAAUUUCUUGAAAUUAUUUGACUUUUCAAAAAAAAAAAUCGAAAUUUGAAAAAAUAUUUUAAUCUUGAUUCCAAGUUUUUAGUAGAGUUUUAUUUACGCGGUCUUACUGAAUUUAUUAUUGAAAUUACAAGUUUAGUUCUCAAAAAUUGUCAGAUCAAUGUUUUGAAAAGUUUUUUCUUUCGUAAAAUGAUCACGAAAGAAGUGGAAACAUGAAAUUCUCAGUAUUUUUGUUUGAAAAAUUGAGAUGAGAUAUUUGAAGGGAAUUCCUGGAGGAGAGGCGGCUCUGGAGCGACUUUAUCAAGACGUUCAAGAACCUUUGCUGAACAGCGCCACCAGCACGUUGGGUGGCAAUCCUUUCGCCAGUCUGCGGAAUCAAAACGCUGAAGCUGGUAUUUUUUUUUUGAAUUUAAUCACCUAUUCACUAGCUUCAAAUAGACAUCAUUAGUAAUCAGGAGAUUUUAUUAAGUCUUCUCAAGUUUUUUCAUCAUGAAUGAGCAAUAAAAACAGGUUGAGAUUUCAGAAGUAUAAAAAAAUAGAAGUAGAAGAGUAGAACUUCACGUAGCCCACAUGGUGUAAUGAUUUUAAGCUCAACUUUUUUCAAAUGACACCCGAACUUUUUGAGAGUCGCGCAGUCAACGUGCCGGUGUGGAAAACACGGAAGCUCUUCCCAACCCUUGGAGCUCAUCUACUCCCAGUGCUCCCAGAAAUACAGCAGAAAACUCAUCGGCGGCUGCGGCCGGACUCGGCAACAUAUCAGGUUAUUUUGCACUUUCGUUUAUGUUUGGCGAGACCGACUCCCAAGAAAAAGAGAAUUAAUGAAAGGAUGGGUUCGAUAUUACAAACUUAAUACUGGUAGGCAGCUGUCAUUCCACUUUUGAAAAAACAAUAAAUAUACGCAUAUUAGAAUCCUCUCCAGUAAAUUCGGUCCUUGCAGGAACGUAAUUUAAAUUUUCGAUCCCGAGAAAGAAUUUAUCCUCCCUGUGUUUCCUAACUCUUCAAUUUUCAAGUAAUUUUAAUCAAAAUAUAUCGCUCAUAAAAAAAUAUAUAUUUCCUCGAAACAUUUUUUUAACCUAUAGAAACAGAGAACCUAGAAGGGCUCUUGAUUUUCGAUGUGUUAUUUUUAAAGUUUUUUGAGAGUUUUUUUAUAAAUGAUUUUUCACUUUGGCGGUGAAAUUCCACUUCUGAGAAGUUAGAGGUUUUUUCGCUACAUUCCGGGAAAUCCAGAAAUUUUCUAGAUAUACGAUUUGAUCAACGGGAACUUUUUCAUAGCAGGCCAAACCCUUUUGUAUUUUCAAACUACAAAUUACCAGCUUUCAAUAUUGUUCAAAAACAAUCAGAAAAAAAAAUGAACUUUCAACUUUUUGAGAUUUUACGAAAAAUAAGAACGUACCUGUGUUCAUGAAUUAAAGAAAAUGGAAAAAAUACGAUUUUUUUUUGUAAAAACGAUUGUACGCCACAAAACUUCGUGCGGUUCAGGAAUGUUGAAUGCUCCUGGGAUGAACUCUCUGAUGCAGCAGAUGAUGUCUGAUCCUAACAUUCGUUCGCAGAUCCUCUCCCCGGAAAUGAUGAACACCGUGCGGCAAGGAAUCGAGUCCAACCCGGAGUUGAUGGAAACGGUUGCCUUAUCCAAAAAGUUCUUUUCCUAACUGAAUCGAUUCAAGAUUUUGGCUGCCAACCCCGCUGUUCAAGCGAAUCCAGCACUGCGUGACUCUUUGAGAACUAGAAUGCCAGAAAUGUUCAACAUGGUUUGUUGUGUCGAUGAGCGGUUCUCCAGAAAUAACCGUUCUUCUUUUUCGAUGCGCAGUCCCGAGUAUAUGCAAGCGAUGGCCAAUCCGCGUGUGGUUGAAGCUUUGCAGCAAAUUCAGACAUCGUAUGACGUCCUUCGGCGGGAAGCUCCUGUUCUUUUGGGGUGAAUUUGGUAGUUCUGAGGCUUCAACUCCAGCUUUUAAGAUCCUUCAACAACCUGGGUGGUUUGGGCGGUCUAGCGCCUAACAGACCGACGGAUGGCGCAUCUAACAGGUUUUUAUCUUAACAGAUUGAAAUCCCUAAAAACUUUACCAAGAAAAAAGAAUUUCAUUAAAUAUCGCUUACCAAAAGCCCUCAAAAUCUAACAUUCUUUCAAUUUUUUUCCAAUCUAUGACGUGGUCCUUGGUUCCAAACAUUUCCAACAUUUACCUAUCAAUUUUUAAAUGACCUCCUGCUCAACUGACGGAAAAAAAAAGUGUCGGUCGAAAUGAUAGAAAUCCAAAAAGUUCAAAAAUUGACUUUGCAUCAUACCAUCUCGAUAUAACCUAUGAGAAAAUGAGAGAAACUAUAGGAAAGUUAUCUCAGCUUAGAAUAAAUAAGGAAUAUUCUCUCAAAACCCAGCUCAAGGCUUCAGUUCCUAGUGGAAUACGGCAGGUUGUUUUUAAAAAAAACAAACUGUUUAUUGCAUCUUCAAUGUAAGAAUACAUGUGCAAUCGACUUUCAUUGAUUUCAACUGUGUUUAAACGGCGGCAGGAGCUGUGGCUUAGGCAGAGAAGUUGUGAAUUUGGCUCGUAGAACAUCAGGUACAAGAGAGGUCGUAGGAAGAAGUACGGUGCCGGCUUUCCAAAGGCCGAUGGCAGAGAUUGAGCCUUUUCGCUGCAUGCAGCUCCCAAUUUUAUCUACCCCGGAGGGAUGAAAGGCUUGGUCGACCUCGGGGGGACUCGAACCUACGACCUUGCGGACGUUAGAAAUGAGUUAUGCCAGCUGAGCUAUGCCGGCAGGUUGUUAUUGUGUAGAAUCACCAUUGUACAAUGAAGUUUGAGAUAAAAUUGCAAAUUUUUUUAAGAAAAAUAAUCACGUUUACGGCUUCAAAAAUUUUUCAAGCUGAAUCACAUCUCAAGAAUUUUUGACAUCGUAAAAAUAAGAAAUGCAGAGCUUUCUUAUCCAAAAAAAUGAUCUUUUUUUUUUCGAAAUUAGACUUCCAGAACAAGAUUGCUUCAGUUUUCUUUUUGUUUUUCAAGCGCUUUUUUAUUGGCUCAUUGAAUACAAUCUCAUCAUUUAUUUACAUGGGCGGUCCUGGUUUUCAACUUCAUAUUUUUUUCCGAUUAACUUUUUUUAACCCUGUUUUUUUAAAGAAUGUUUUUUUGGUUCGGUCAAGCAAUACGAAAACCGAAAAGAAGUUUGUCUGGUUACGUCUACUCACAAUAUUUUACGUAUGAAAGUUGAACCGCUGAGAACCUUAUCAAAAAGAUGGUUCUGAUUUUUUUUUUUGGUUUAGGAUAAUUUAUAACUUUUGACAUUUUUCAUAUUCUUUGAAUGGUACAAACUCACAACAUUUUCAGAAGCGGAAUAGACCCAAUGCCUCAACUCGAACAGCUUCUCGGACAAAUGGGCUUCCCGAGCAAUAACGAGAGGGCGGCAACGGUAGGGGAUUCUUUCCACUUCCCAAAAUCUUACAGUAGAGUGCACGGGAUAGGCAGGCAGCCUUGAAAAUAUUAUGGUUCAAUGAAGGACUUUGAAAACUAUCAUCAGAAAGAUGUAAUGGGAAAGUUCACAACCCGCUCAAUUAAUUGCGUUUUUUUAGCCUUUCAAACCACACAGUUUGGGAAUUUUCACUAGUUUUUCAAGUUUAUGCGUCUAGAAUGAAAAAUCCUGUAAGCCGAGUGGACCGAUAGAAUUUCUGAGAAUAUGGUAGUUCUAUGGAUGAUAUACGAUGAAAAUGUUACGUUUUAUGCAUAAAAAGUACUUUUUCUUCUUAGAAAGAGCUCUUCUAUGUAAUCUCUAUCAGUAUUUUAGAGUUUCCAAUCUGUUAUUUUCAAAGUUUUCUGUAGGCCGGUAUCUCUUUUUAUCUCCAACGAUUUUUUCAAUCGUUUGUUUUUGCAAAUCUGAUCUGGAUGUCAUUUGUCUAACAAGCAAGAAAGAGUUUCAAUUGAACGUUAAAAACAUUUUUUCCUGUCAUCAAAUUUUUCCAACGAUGUCAGCACUCAAAAUUUAAGUCUAAAAAUAAAUACAGCUUGUUCUUUUAGAAUAAUUCUGUUUUUCGGAGUAAGACGACCUUCUCUCAAUCGUUAGCUUCCAAUUUUUAUAAUCAAAAUGCUUCUUCAAACUUUAUCUUCAAUUUAAAUUUUCAAAAUCAAAUCUGAUCCCCCAGAAUAUCUUUUUCUUGUUCCAACGGGCUUGAGAGCCGACGGAAGGAUUGUAAUGUCCAUGUUGGGACGCGGGGUUAAAGAUUUGUGUUGUCUGAGAUGGAAAAUGCAAUUAUCAUCUCGAAUUUCAUGCUAGCCGACGUCCUCGUAAAAUUCAAUAUGCGCGUUUAUCGUGUUUCUUUUUUCAAUCGCAAAGAAAAACUCGAGAAAAUAUGGCUGUGAGCAACAUUUAGCUCAGUAUUUAAAUAAAUCAGUUAGGUUCAGCACUUUGAUAGACUGAACUCCUUCUUCGGAGCGUUUAUUUUGAACUACGCUCCCUAUGAAGUUUUUUUACUAAUAAGAUUAAAAAACAUCCAAUGGAUCUGUAAAGAAAGACCAACGCCAGCAUUAAAUGUUUGCACACUGAUCCGCUGCCCUGGAAGGACAAUAAAGAGUGUUUAUUCAAUAUGUUGAAUGGUAGAAAUCAGACAAGUAUCAAGACUAAAAUCCGAAAGAGAAGAAAUGCGUUUGUCAUCUACUCUUCAUGAUAAAUGUCAACAUGAGAAUCAUAUUACCAACGUUCAGUUCCAUAAUACUGGAGAAUAGAUUUUUUUUUUUUGCAUUCAAUUUUCAAGUUCCAAUUUACUUUGGCGGUUAUUUUUACCAGCCCUUGAAUGAGAAGAAGAGCCAUUCCUAUCCUUGGUAUGAUAGGAGCGAGGGAUGAAAGGGCCAUCAACUGGUCGGCAAUGGCUUUUGUUUCAGCGACGCGCUGUCCGCUGAAACAUAGUUCAUUAAAACGAUUGCAAUCAAUUCUCUUCACGCCGUUUCCUCUUCGAACAUCUCUUUCCUUUUCUACUUGCUCACCAUUUGGACUCCCUGAAUCGUCGAAAAACAAAUGAGCUCUCACGUUUUAUUUCAUAUUUCGGAUGGUGAGAUACCCGCCCCCGAAAAAAUCGUAGUUUCGUUAACUGGAUAGCUUUCUUUUUGUUUAAUAGUUUACUUUUUUCAUAAAUUCAAAAGAACCCCGGCAAUGCUUUCCAGCAUCGUUUUGGUGAAUUCAACAAUUGUAAUCUGUCCUCUAGGCCGAUUAAGCUGGGACGAGCCGCGAUGUCAUUGCAUGGCGUAAUUCAUAUUGCCACAAAGCAUGCGAUGAGCUUGAGCACAGAAUAAAUGCGGGAGCAGAGAAAUCAUUUGACGUGCAGUUGGAGAAAAGGCUUAAAAGACAUGAAAACGAUGUGCAGCUGCCUUUUCCGCCCGUUUAUCGGGCCGCUUCCCAGAUAUUCUCUUCCCAGAAUGGUUUCAACACUUAUGGAGAAUUUCAAAAUUCAAAUUUCUUGGAAACAGUUCCAAAGAAAGAAGAUCGAAAGAAGCGAUACAGAAUUUUCGAAAUCUCAAAAAAAUCUUAAUGAAAAAAACGAAUUUUUCAAUGACUCUUCGAAUAGCGGAUCAAUAUGUUAAGCAAUCAGCAUACAUGGUUACAAUCAUUUUCACUAUCGAUUUUUUUAAAAUGUAGUUUUCAAUUAGACUGUUGCAUUUUUAUUGCUCUUCGUAUAACCAUUCUUAUCGUAAAAAGCCACUAGUCGUUUUGGGAAAAUUUAAUGACUAGUCUUGGAGCAUUGAGAUUGAGGAAUAAGAGGUUUUCGAGUGAUUGAAAGCUGCUUGUUUGAGUCACGAUUAGAUCAUAUUCCGGCUGUGAACGAAUGCAAUUGGUGUUGGGAAGCAAAAUGAUGGUUCUCGGGGGAGAUGUUAAUUCCUUUCAAUCAACUCGGCUGCACAGAAUCAAGGACGCCCGCGAUCCAUCAUCUUGUUUUAGCCCAAUGAGCAUAUUCGAUUAGGAAAAUGAGUGAGUGUUUGUGUGUCUACAUGAGGACAAUUGGACAUUCCAGGCUGCGCCGUAUGACGCAACCUUUGAGAGCUGCUAAGCCCUGGUGACAGCCUACAGUAAUUCACUUCUUUUUAUUAGGCCACUUACAGAACUAAGUUAUUUGAAACUUCAAACUUCAUUCUGUCUACAGAGAGUUUUCUCUGCUGAAUCAUGGAAUAGUUGAAGAGCUGUUUGUUAGUUCAGUGAACUUUCGAAAGCCAUGUAGAUCAUCUGGCCUUUCUUGAAAUAGUAGUGGAGAGUUGAACCUUCCUAGCCAUCAGCUGCUUCCCCAUAGAAGGUCCCUCAAACUUUUGAAAAGAUGACUACACAAAUACCAAAAUUAUGUGUGAGCGCAGAAACGACGCAGAGUGCUAAACGUGUUAUGCAAUGAGCCUCGUGAAUUAUUCUUCCACUGAGAGGAAGUAAUUAUUUGGACAAAAUGAGUGGCCAACAUCAAUUUUAUAAGCCUUGAGCUUCUUCUCUUUCGUCUUGUUACCCUUCUUGGUUAGAAAUAAUUGCUAAUGUCAGGACUUUCUAGGCGAAUCCGGAACAAAUGUACGCAACGCAGCUCGAGCAGUUGUCCAGUAUGGGAUUCAACAAUCGUGCCGCCAAUAUUGCAGGUUUCCCUUUAUGAUUCGAGCCGCGCCGUCGCCCUUCAAAGCACUUUUGCCGUUUCACAAGUAAUUAAUGAUUUUCAGCGCUCACUGCGGCAUUCGGAGAUCUGAACGCGGCCGUCGAGCGGCUUCUUAAUUCGCCGCAGUAA